GUGCUCGCUGGUUGAAACACACCAGGGCCAGUCAUUCCCUGCGGCGGAGGCUGAAGGAGUGAUCUGGUCCUGCAGCAGGUGUCAGUGUGGACCGUCCUCUGGGGUUACAGAUCAGUCACCAAAUGGCUCCACCAUCGCACCUCUGAUCGCUCUGAGAAACCUGAGCUGCCUCCAGACUGUUGGACAUAAAUCACCAUCGGCUGCUGCAGCUGGAGGAUUUCUUCUCUCUCCACGUUUCUUCCUGGAGACUGAUUCCAUCAGAACUGGGUCAGACCUCCUGGACUGAGGUGCAGCUUUUGAACCGAUGGCGAUCAACACCGACGUGGAGGACUGGGGCGUCGUUGGCAGCAAUGACUCGGGAGAAAGGGCGUGGCUCCUGCAGAGCCCCAGUGUGGAUUCUGUCAGGCAGCCUGAGGCCGACGGCCCGAGGGCCGGAGGCGUGUCGUCAGUCGGAGCCGUCUUCAUCGUGGUGAACGCCGCACUGGGAGCGGGUCUGCUCAACUUCCCCGCAGCCUUCAACAUGGCGGGAGGCGUCACUGCAGGAGUGCUGCUGCAGAUGUUCAUGCUGAUCUUCAUCAUCAGUGGGCUGGUGAUCCUCGGCUACUGCUGCCUGGUCAGUAACGAAGGCACCUAUCAGGAGGUGGUCCGAGCCACCUGUGGAAGAGUCACUGGAGUCCUGUGUGAAGUCGCCAUCGCCGUCUACACCUUCGGCACUUGCAUUGCUUUCUUCAUCGUGAUUGGAGACCAGCUGGAUCGCUUGAUUGCUGCCAUGACCCAUGAGCCAGCUGCGGCCUACUGGUACACUGACCGCAAAUUCACCAUCGUGGUCACUGCCGUCCUGGUCAUUCUCCCUCUGUCCAUCCCCAAAGAGAUCGGCUUCCAGAAAUAUGCCAGUGCUCUGAGUGUGAUGGGAACCUGGUACGUUACCAUUGUGGUCAUUAUAAAGUACAUCUGGCCGGAUAAAGAGGUGACUCCAGGUUACGUUGCCCCCAGUGCUGCUUCCUGGACUGCCGUUUUCAAUGCCAUGCCCACCAUAUGCUUUGGUUUCCAGUGCCAUGUCAGCUGUGUGCCGGUGUUUAACAGCAUGAGCAGGAAGGAAAUCAAACCUUGGGGCCUUGUCGUGACUCUCAGCAUGAUAAUCUGCCUUUUCGUUUACACGGGAACAGGCGUCUGUGGCUUCCUCACGUUCGGCUCCAACGUCAGUCAGGACGUGCUGAUUUCGUACCCUUCUGACGAUGUGGCCGUGGCCAUCGCCAGAGCUUUCAUCGUCAUCUGUGUUGUUACUUCGUACCCCAUUUUACACUUCUGCGGCAGGGCCGUCAUAGAGGGACUCUGGCUGCGUUUCCAAGGCGAGCAGGUGGAGGUGUGUGUGCGCCGCGAGCGGAGGAGGAGGAUCCUGCAGACGCUGGUGUGGUUUGUCGUCACGCUCGUCCUCGCCCUCUUCAUCCCGGAUAUCGGUCGAGUGAUUUCACUGAUCGGAGGAUUGGCAGCUUGUUUUAUCUUCGUCUUCCCCGGUUUGUGUUUGAUGCAAGCCAAGUUAUCAGAGACUGACAAUCGAUCUGCAAGCUGGCACGGGUUGGUGGUCUUUGGCGUUGUCAUGGUUACGCUGGGAGCCUUCAUCUUCGGUCUCACCACAACAAACUCCAUCUAUCAGGAUGUGGCCAACUGAAAGGAACUUAAUGGGAGGAGCGCAGCUCGUCUUUGACGAAGACGAGGAGGAGGAGGAGGUUCUGACAUGCGCUGCUAUUCUGCUAUUCUAGACUGCUGGAUCAGACCAAGCAUCACGUGACUUAUUUAAACACUCCAGACCACCACAGCUCAUCUGCUUCAUUCAGAGUUAACGCUCCUGAGGGGUUUUUCGUCGGUGGAGAGGCGCCACAGGAAGCCAAGUGACUUCAAAGCACUCAAAUUUGUUUUCUGUGAAGUUUUAAUAGCAUGCAAUAUGUCUGGCGCUGCUCCCGUCUCAGGACUGUGAGAGCAGAACAUCCAGUCCUGUUUACAAGAGUCCAGGGACUUUAUGUAGUAAUGGUCUUACAAUCAAAUUGAUUUUAAUAAGGAAAUUGUACCAAUUUGUGUAUUUUAACUUGCACGGCUACGAAAGUCUUUGUGAUCAUUGAAUAUCAACAUGCUGUGGUUCUCAUGUAUAGAUAUACGCUCUCUAUUCAGGUUCAGACUUUUUAUUACCAGUUCCUCAUCUGUCGACUCAAGAGAUUGGUUGAAAUACCAGAUAACAGAACUUACUGUCUUUCAGCUGAUGCAGUGUAUGUCAGUGAAAACUUCGAAAUCUGUGAAAUGUGAUCAAGCCUUGACCAAAUUAGGGGAUUAGAGAACCGAGGUUUGAAUCUCCGUCACAGCAGGAAGUGAAACAGACAGAUAGUCACGUUCAUGUAGCUGUGAUCCCUGAAGCAAAACACCCCUUGAAACUGCAUGGGCCAGACACACUAACUCAUUACUUUUUUUUUUUUUUUUUUAAUCAAAUUUAUCAGCUAAUCAAAGCCAUAUGGUUUUGGUUUUUAUUGGAUUUUUUCAUAUUUUACUCAAAUAUGGUCAGAUUGAUUUGAUGAAUUUUUACAUUGGGUUUUAUGGUUGAUUAUAUCUGUGGCUAAAAAAUGAUUAAAAAAAAUUAAUUGAAACAUUUAUUUUAGAUCACCCAAACUAAGACAUUCAGCCUUGUGAUGGAAAAUAAAACGACUGUUUCAAAAUCAGACUAUUUCUAAAGAUCAGAUGUUUUCAGCAUUUUUUCAUCCAAAUGCCAUAGUUGUUACCAAUUUAUUGUAAUUGUCUGAAUUUUUGUUUCGACUUUACAAGUGAAGAAAUAACUGACAAAACAUCGAGACUACACACACACACACACAGUUUUCACUCAUAUUCAUAUUGUAGUAAUCUGAGGCACACCUGAACACUCAGAAGAAAAAGCAACAUUGAUUUAAGCCAUAUGUAGAACAUCCAGGUACCUCAAACGAUUCAAAGCACAUGUGUGAGGUAGAAAACCAAACUGCCUUUGUUCUUCAGGCAAAAAAAAAGGAUGAAGGUAUAUUUCACCAAAAUUACUUUGUGUGCAAUUUCAUAGAACAUCAUGUUGAACAACUACCAAAACCAAAUUACAGACAUUUACCUCUAAAGAAAUAGAGACGUAGUAGACGUAAGAUGGGGAAUUACAUAAGUUUGAAUAUAGUAAUCCAAACUAAGCCAAGUGAUUUUCAUCUGUUUUAUGUUUUUUGAGUCUUUUGCCUGGCUAAUCUUCUUUAGGGCGCUAUGCAGUUUAAUUCGAAAUCAGAUCAAAUGAGUUGGUUUUUUUUCUCCAGUUACAUUAAAAAAAGAAGAAUGUUAUUCUAUGAACAUGAAAUGUAUAAGGGAUUGUUUCAGUGUACUACGUUUACUAGUCAAUGUUUGAAUACUGAGACUUGUGCAUCAUAGUUUAUAGGAGCAAAAAAUAUACAAGUGAGAUUUGUCAUCUGUGACGAGUGCGAACUGUUGGGACUGUUCUUAAUUUGAACACAUUGUGCAAGAAUUUUUAUGGUUUGGUGCUUCAAUGUUCAUGUUUUU